AUCAAUAUAUUGGAUUGUCCUGGAAGAUUGGAAUUAACUUCCGAAGUGAAUACAAGCCUUAGAUUGAGUGAUGGUUGUUUGUUGGUGGUCAAUUUGGAGGGAUACAAUUCUUUGGGUUAUCAUUCAGAGAUGGUAUUGAGACAGGCUAUCACUGAGAAACUUGGAUUCAUUCUCAUGAUUAACAAGUUGGAAGUUUUGUUAUUGAGGAAUGAAUUUUCAUUGGAGGAAAUUUAUCAGUGCAUGUUGAGAAUUAUUGAAUCUGUCAAUGUUGUGAUUUGUACCUAUGCUGAGCAACCAGAACAGAUUUAUCCACAGAAUGGUCAUGUUGCUUUUGGAUCUGCAUUGGGAGGUUGGGCUUUUAAUUUGCAUGAUUUUGCCAAGUUUUAUUCGAAAAAGUUUGGAAUGGAUGUGAAUGUUGUGGCAGAAAAAUUGUGGGGAGAUAAUUACUUUGAUGCUGAGAGUGGUAAAUGGUUGAAAGACUCAAAGCAAGACAGUUUGGAAAGAGGUUUCUGCCAGUUUGUUUUGAAACCUAUUCAAAAAGUUUUGCAAACAUUGUACGAAAAUGCAAGUCCAACACUGGAAGAAUUGUUAAACCCUUUCGGUAUUAGUAUUUCCUCAGAAGAAAAUGAAUUGGAAUUAACAGAAUCAGUUAUGAAACGGUGGCUUCCUGCCUCAAAAACUAUACUCAAUAUGAUUUAUCAGCAGUUGCCUUCUCCAGAAAAGGCUCAACCACGCAGAGUUGAAAAUAUCUACACUGGUACUCUCACAGAUACUUUUGGAACUGCAAUCAAGGAUUGUGAUCCCGAUGGUCCCUUAAUGAUGCAUAUUACUAAAUCUGAAAUUAUUGAUGGAAUAGUUUAUUCUGUAGGCAGAAUAUUUUCAGGAAAACUAAACAUUGAGACACCAAUUAGAAUAUUAGGACCAAAGAAUGUAUUUGAAGAAAAGACAGUAACUGGAAUUGUGAAAAUCAAUGGUUCAAUUGUUGAGCCAAUUGAAGAAGCAACUUGUGGAUCCAUUGUUGGAUUAAUUGGAAUUGAAAAGUUCCUAACAUGUAGUGGAGCUACCAUAAGUGAAAGCUCAAAUCUGGAAGCUGAAUCAUUUGCCGAAUUGAAAUUACCUCAUUCAAUGAUCAGCUAUUCUGUAGAGCCGGAGAAACAAGCCAAUCUUCCACAACUUAUCAAAGGAAUGGAAUUGAUUUGCAAAUGUGAUCCUUUAAUGAAAUUUUCUUUAGAUGAAUAUACUGGUGAGAAAGUACUUUCUGUCGUAAGUGAAGUUCAUUUACACUCCAUUCUCAGUCAAUUCAAACAAAUUCAUCCUUCAAUUGAAAUCCAAGUUGAAGAACCUAUUGUUCGUUUGCUAGAAAGUAUCACAGUUGAAUCACACAGGGAAACACUUGCAAAAUCACCUAACAAACAUAAUAGGUUCUUUAUGAAGGCGGAACCACUUCAAGAGGAACUUUCAAAUGAAAUUGAGAGAGGAUUAGUACCUGAGAAUAAUAGAGCUAGAUACUUGAGUGAUCAAUUUGGUUGGAGUUUGGAGGAUGCAGGAAAGAUUUGGACUUUCGGACCAGACGCAAAUAGUCCAAAUGUAUUAGUAAAUCAAACGAAGGGUGUCAUGAACCUUAAUGAAAUGAAGGACAAUUCAAUUAGUGCAUUUAAAUUUGCAAUGAGUGAAGGACCAGUCUGUGGAGAAAGUGUCAGAGGCGUACGAAUCAAUCUCAAGGAUGUAUGCAUGAACUCGGACUCUAUUCACAGAGGAGCAGGUCAGAUAAUUCCAACAGUGAGACGAUGUUGCCAUGCAUGUAUUCUGGAUUCUGAACCAACAUUAUUGGAACCAAUCUUGUUAGGAGAAUUUAAAUGUAAGGAAUCGGAUUUGGGAACACUCUAUUCAACAUUAAAUAGAAGAAGGGGAAUAAUCUUUGAACAAACUGAAUGGCAUUCAGACAUACAAGUCAAAGGAUAUGUACCAAUAUCGGAAUAUUUUGGAAUUCAUGAUAUAUUGAUUGGUAAUGGAAUAUUUUCUCAAUUUAUCUUUGAUUAUUGGCAACCAAUUAUUGGCUCCACCGAUAGAUUUACAGAAUUAGUUAACAAGAUUCGUAUUCGAAAGGGUCUCUCUGAAACAGCCCCAACCUAUUCUGAACUAGCUGACAGAUUGUAA